UGUGGCCAAAAGUUGAUUGGCGCUUUGUUAACGCUCGCCGCCUGCUCGCAAUGUGGCUUAAUCGCUGCGGAUAUAUCGCUGAAGCAACCGAAUCGCUUCGAGGAGAGCAGCUAUGGCAAUUCGCGCUAUCAGAUCUUCGAGGUGCACAAUCAUUACGAGGGCAAGGCUCGUGCUUAUCUGCCGCCCGCGCAGCCCAGCCACGAGGAGAUACACAUACAUCAGCAGGCGCCGCAGCAACAUGCUGGCGGUGCAACGGCAACGGCUGUCGACGAUGACAACCUGGAUGUAUCAUAUUUGAGUUUUGCCGAUGAGGCUGGCCAUUUGCAGGCAACUGUUGCACGGCCAUUGCCGGUGGCAGCAACUGUUGCACGGCCAUUGCCGGUGGCAGCAACAGCAGCUGCUUCGGUGCCGUUUUCCUCCAGUUAUCAGCAUGAUUUUCAACGCAAGCAGACGCAACAGCAAACUGUUGCUUAUAGCGCGCAAGCCUAUUUGCCGCCCACUGCUGCCACGCCCAGCAUACAACAACAGCAGCAGGUAUAUCAAUCCACAGGCAGCGGCAGCCUGAGCUCCGUGUUAAGCUCAACGGCACCGCAGGUAUUUUCCGAGCCACCAGCAAGCUAUCAGGCGCCUGACUAUUUGCCACCCACCGCCAGCAGCUUGGAGCAACAGCAACAGCAGCAACAACUCGUCUCCAAUCCUGUCUAUAGGGCCAAUGAUUACUUGCCGCCCACAGCAGCAACAGCUGGCAGCUAUGCACAGCAGCAACAACUGCAACAGCAACAGCAACAGCAACAGCAACAACUGCAGCAGCAACAGCAACAGAUCUAUCGUGCACCGCCCUAUUUGCCCCCCAUCAGCAGCAGCAGCAGCAUUGCCAUCAGCAGCAGCAGCAUUGCCAGCAGCAGCAGCAGCAUUGCCAGCAGCAGCAGCAGCAUUACUAGUAGCAGCAGCAGCAUCGCCAGCGGCAACUCGCUGCAAUCAAACUACCGUGCGCCUGGCUACCUGCCACCUGGCUAUGACUUUGCCAAUCCAGAAAUUGCGCAGCAACAGCAGCUGCCAGCACCACAGCAACUGGCACAGCCUGUGCCGCAAGCAACAUUGCCGCAACAAACGGCGCCAGCGUCUGAAUAUCAGGCUCCUGGCUAUUUGCCGCCUGGCUAUGACUUCAGCAAUCCGAAUCAAUUGCCAUUGGAUCAAAUCAUAGAACAGCCACAGCUGCCAGCACAGCCAGUUGCUGCCGUGCAGCCAGCAACAGUUGGUGAGUAUAGUGCACCAGAUUAUUUGCCGCCCAACUACGAAGCGACCAAGACGCAGCCACAGCAACAAGCCAAUCACAAUUAUCAGGCAUCGCAGCAGCAACAGCAACAACAAUUGCAGCUGCAGCAGCAGCAACAGCAGCUUAACCAUCCUGGCGCGCUGCCAGAGGGUUAUGAGUUUAGCAAGCCCGAAAAUUUUGAGGCCGCCAUUGCCGAGCUGCAUAGCCUGCAAACGCAAACGAAAUUGCUCAAACAGCAGCAACAGCAGCAGCAGCAACAGCAGCAGUUGCAGCUGCAACAACAACAGCAACAACAGCAGCAGCAACAGCGGCAGCAGCAAUUGCAGCCGCAACGUCAAGCUGUCCAGCCUAGCUCUAAUAUAAUUUAUGGCGUGCCCAAGCAGCAGCAGCAACAGCAACAGGUAAGGACAACAGCAGUUGCAAGCAGCACGCUGGCAACAGCAACAGCAACAGCUUAUCGGGCACCCGCUGCAAUUGCUGCCCCACUGCCCGCUCCACCCACACAGCACACACACAUGCACGCGCUAAGCAGCUAUAUGAACACAGUACAGCCAUAUGCACGCUACGGACAGCCACAGCAGCAACAUGUGCAGCAGCAGCAUGCACAGCAGCAACAUGCACAGCAGCGGCAGGUACAACAGCAAUUUGUCCAGGUGGCGCCCAUGUACCGUGAGCAAUCGAAGCGUCCGCAUUUCUAUGCGCCCGCCAUGUCCUACGCUCGCAAUGCGCUGCCUACGCAGUACCAUCAGCAUCAUCACAUACACCAUCACCAACAUCUUCAGCAGCAGCAACAUCAGCGUCCCGCGCUCAGCCUGCAGGCGCAACAGUCGCUGCAAAAGUUCAUGCCACGCGAAAUGCAAUUGGCCGUCAAUGUGGCUGUUGCUGCCGCCGCGCCUGUUGCUCGGGGCAGCUCCAAGGUGCGCACCGUUCAAAUUGUUAAGCCGCAUGCGACGCGCACAUUCAAAGUGCUCGAAACACUGGAUGCUGCCGGCGUGAAGACCAUCAAAAUACUGGGCACCAGCAAUGAACAGCCGCGUGGCAAGCAUCAUGUGGUCAAGGUGGUCACACAGGAUGAACACAAUGUCGAGAAUCAUGUGCAGACGGUGAAGAUCUACGAUGAUCAGCAGGAGUAUCAACAGCAGCAGCAGCAGCCCCAGCAGCAGCAGCAGCAGCAGUCGGUGGCGCCUCGAGGUUACCUGCCACCCUUGGCUGUGGCCAGGCCACGGGAGCGCAUUGUGCGCCAGACGAGGCCGCUGCGUCUGUUGCCCGUGCCCAGGCAUUGAGCUAAUCUUCCACACACACACACACACACACACACACGCACACACGCACACUCACGCGCACACCCGUAGCACUGAUUAGUUGUUUAAUUUCAUCAUAUCGAAUCGAAUUUGUUAGCGUUUUGCGCGCUGUUUAAACCGCGCGUUUCAUUAUUUGAACCUAAUUUCAAUGUUUUUUUUUUUGCUCGUUCAACUUAACCGAUUUCCUAACUAAUAAAUUUACUUAUAUAUAUGUA